AUGUCUGCCAGGACGCUAGGCCGGUUCGUCAAAGGCGCAGCCUCUGUACGGAGCGAGCUUCGCGACGUGUGUUGCCCCGUUUGCUGGGGCCCGGAGGAGGGCAUGUGCGCUUGCGCGAUCCGCGCGCUGAGCCUUGCGGGAGGGGCAGUUGUCUGGUCUAGCGUGUGCGCGUGUGCUAGGGCGGCGCGGUACCUGAGUGGGGAAGGGCGGGUAGAACAGAAGUUCCAGGGAUCAGUAUCAUUUAAAGAUGUGACUGUGGGCUUCACCCAGGAGGAAUGGCAGCACCUGGAUCCUAGUCAGAGGGCUCUGUAUAGAGAUGUGAUGCUGGAGAACUACAGCAACCUUGUCUCAGUGGGGUAUUGUGUUCACAAACCAGAGGUGAUCUUCAGGCUAGAACAAGGAGAAGAGCCAUGGAGACUGGAGGAAGAAUUCCCAAGCCAGAGCUUUCCAGAAGUCUGGACAGCUGAUCACCUGAAAGAGAGGAGCCAAGAAAACCAAUCUAAACAUUUGUGGAAAGUUGUAUUCAUCAAUAAUGAAAUGCUGACUAAGGAACAAGGUAAUGUAAUAGGAAUACCAUUUAACGUGGACAUAAGCUCUUUUCCUUCCAGAAAAAUGUUCUGUCAGUGUGACUCAUGUGGAAUGAGUUUCAACACUGUUUCACAAUUGGUUAUCAGUAAGAUGAACUAUUUAGGAAAAAAGUCUGAUGAAUUUAAUGCCUUUGGGAAGUUGGUACUCAAUACUAAGCAUGAUGAAACUUAUACUCGAGAGAAAAAUGAAGUUUUGAAAAAUAGGAACACUCUGAGUCAUCAUGAGAACACUUUGCAGCAUGAGAAGAUUCAAACUUUAGAGCACAAUUUUGAAUACAGUAUAUGUCAGGAAACCCUCCUUGAAAAGGCAGUAUUCAAUACACGGAAGAGAGAGAAUGCAGAAGAGAAUAACUGUGAAUAUAAUGAAUUUGGGAGAACUUCCUGUGAUGGUUCAUCCCUCUUGUUCCAUCAGAUACCUCCAUCAAAGGACAAUCACUAUGAAUUUAGUGAUUGUAAGAAGUUCUUAUGUGUGAAGUCCACCCUUUGUAAACAUCAUGGGUUACCUAUGAAACACUAUGAUUGUGGUGAAAGUGGGAAUAAUUUCAGGAGGAAAUUGUGUCUGUCACAGCUUCAGAAAGGUGAUAAAGGAGAGAAACACUUUGAGUGUAGUGAAUGUGGGAAAGCUUUCUGGGAGAAGUCACAUCUCACUCGACAUCAGAGGGUGCACACAGGAGAGAAACGUUUUCAAUGUAAUGAAUGUGGAAAAAUGUUCUGGGAGAAGUCAAACCUCACUAAACAUCAGAGAUCACACACAGGGGAGAAACCUUUUGAAUGCAAUGAAUGUGGGAAAGCCUUUAGCCAUAAGUCAGCUCUCACAUUACACCAGAGAACACAUACAGGGGAGAAACCCUAUCAGUGUAACGCGUGUGGGAAAACUUUUUACCAGAAAUCUGAUCUCACUAAACAUCAGAGAACACACACAGGGCUGAAACCCUAUGAAUGUUAUGAAUGUGGAAAAUCCUUCUGUAUGAAUUCGCACCUUACAGUACACCAGAGAACUCAUACAGGUGAGAAACCUUUUGAAUGUCUUGAGUGUGGGAAAUCCUUUUGUCAAAAGUCACAUCUUACACAGCAUCAGAGAACUCACAUAGGAGAUAAACCUUAUGAAUGUAAUGCAUGUGGGAAAACUUUCUACCACAAGUCAUUGCUCACCAGGCAUCAGAUAAUUCAUACAGGAUUGAAACCUUAUGAAUGUUAUGAAUGUGGGAAAACCUUCUGCUUGAAGUCAGACCUAACAGUACAUCAGAGAACGCACACAGGUGAGAAACCCUUUGCAUGUCCUGAAUGUGGGAAAUUCUUUAGCCAUAAGUCAACCCUCUCUCAACAUUAUAGAACACACACAGGGGAGAAACCCUACGAAUGUCAUGAAUGUGGAAAAAUCUUUUACAAUAAAUCAUACCUAACUAAACAUAAUAGAACACAUACAGGGGAGAAACCCUAUGAAUGUAAUGAAUGUGGGAAAACCUUCUGCCAGAAGUCACAACUCACUCAGCAUCAGAGAAUUCACAUAGGGGAGAAACCCUAUGAAUGUAAUGAGUGUGGAAAAGCUUUCUGCCAUAAGUCAGCUCUCAUUGUACAUCAGAGAACCCAUACACAAGAAAAGCCCUAUAAAUGUAACGAAUGUGGAAAAUCUUUCUGUGUGAAGUCAGGACUUAUUUUACAUGAGAGAAAGCACACGGGGGAGAAACCUUAUGAAUGCAGUGAAUGUGGGAAAUCCUUCAGUCACAAAUCAUCACUCACAGUACAUCACAGGGCUCACACAGGAGAGAAAUCUUGUCAAUGUAAUGAAUGUGGAAAAAUCUUUUACCGUAAAUCAGACCUUGCUAAACAUCAGAGAUCACAUACAGGGGAAAAGCCCUAUGAAUGUAACACAUGCAGAAAAACUUUCUCUCAAAAGUCAAAUCUCAUUGUACAUCAGAGAACACACAUAGGAGAAAAACCUUAUGAAUGAAAUGGAUAUUAGAAAUUUCCAGCCACAAGUGAGCCUCCAUAAUGCCUCAGAUUAUUCACACUGUGGAGAAAGCCCUGUUGACAUCCUGAAUGUUCAGUAAUUAUCCACAAACUCGCCUUAUGUUACUCCAAAGUAACAGUAGGGGAUAAACCCAAGACUACAACAAUUAUAGGACAGCUUUUGUUAGGAAGUGAUAUUCUGUUGAAUAUUAGAUGAUUAAUACUGGCAUAAAACCUCAUAGAUUUUUUUGAAUUUGUGAAAGUUUUUGGCAAAAAUACAAACAAGAUUAUGUUUGAGUUUGCAUCGAGGAGAAAAUUGUCAAUUUAAGAAAUCUGAAGUGAAAAUUUUGCUUAGAAACACAAUAUGACAAAUUCUGUUUUGA